UGCAGUGCACGUUGUUUACCAGUUUCCAGUUUUAUCGACUUUUUCACUGACAGUCUCCCCGUUUUCUGACGUUUCCCAGUUCCUGAUCUUUCUUACUCCUUGUUGUAAACGUUGAGGAGUGCAAGUGUUCCCAGUGCAAACGGCACGGGAAUCCCGUCGGGUGAUUGUUUUUACGGAGAAUCCACGAACUGAUCAGUACUGCAGUAUGGCGACGGUGCUGUACUGUGUGUGCCGUAGUGCUGCGUCGGAUCGCUUCAUGAUACAGUGCGACAAGUGCGAGGAAUGGUUCCACGGGGAUUGUGUGCGCGUCACGCAGACGGAGGGGAAUCGCAUCAACAACUACUUCUGCGCCACCUGCCAGGAAAAAGACCCCUCCCUGAAGAUCACCUACAAAGCGACGAAGAAGCGCAGCUCGGAGAAGAAACCGCGCAAAUCCUCCUCCAAGAAGGAGCCCAAGCGCACGGCCGCCUCGCCCCCCGCCGACGCCGCCGCGCCGCGCCCCGCCCCCGAGGCCGGGCAGCCGGGGGCGGCGGGCGGACCGGGGAACGGGCCGGCCAGCACCUCCGUCUCCGCGUCGGACGCCGAGGACGACGGGGACUGGGAAGCGGCCGGGGCGGGGCCCCCCGCCGGCGCCCCGCGGAAGGGCCGCGCCUCCGUGGAGCACAACGGCGCCGUCGCGGUGCGCCGUCCCGCCAAGGCCCGCAGCAAGACGCCCAAGGGGAAGGGCAGUCCCGCCGGCAGUCCCGCCAAACCCGCCGGGGGGAGGAAGACGCCGGCCAAGGCGGCCGCCAUCGCCCGGCAGUCCUUUGAGAAUACCAAGCAGUCGCGGAAUUUGGCGGAAGUGGAGAACGCCCUGGCGCACGGGAUCCCGCCGCCGCUGCCGGUGCCGCCCGAGGUGGGCGCCAUCGAGCAGGCCGCCUUCGCCGGACCGGACCACCCCAACUGCAAGAAGAAGGGCGCCGGGAAGAAGGCCAAGGCCCCCGUGAAGGCCGUCACGCCGCCGCAGGCCGCCGUGGUGGCGGGCGCGGCGGCGGGGGCGGGGCAUGCCGAGGAGGAGGAGGGACGGGAGUUUGCCGGGUUCGACCGGAAGAACAUGAAGCAGUGUCUCGGACCCAAGUGCUGCUUUGCCGCCGCGCCCAACUCCAAGUACUGCUCCGAGGAGUGCGGACGAUCGCUGGCCGCCAAGCGUCUGAUGACGAUCAUGCCGCAGCGUCUGGAGCAGUUCGGUCAGCACACGUACGCAGCCACCCUGCUGAACCAGAAGGACAUGGACGGGAUCCGCAAGAAGCUGGCCGACUGCAAGGUGAUGCUGGAGAAGCUGCAGGCGCGCAAGGCCCACCUGGAGGCUGACAUGCGAUUAGGGAAGCGCACCCCGCCCGCCGCCGACCAGGAGGCCGAGGAGGACGCCGUCAAGGACACGCAGGACACCUCCCUCAUCUGCAUCACCUGCGGCCGUCUCGUCUCCAUCCGCACCGCCCUCAAGCACUUUGAGGGCUGCUCCAACAAGUUGGAGAACCAGACGUCGUACGGGUCGGCCUUCAUCACGGCCACCUCGUCCAACAUCUUCUGCGACACCCUGAACCCCAAGACGAUGACGUACUGCAAACGGCUGAAGGUCAUCUGUCCGGAGCACUACAAGGAGGCCGUGGACGAGCACGAGGUGUGCGGCUUCCCGCUGACCGCCGGCGACGAGGAGGCCGGCGGGGAGCGCCGUUUCUGCUCGCUCUUCAAGAAGAACUGCCCCAAGCAUCCCUCCUGGGAGCGCAUCAAGCAGGCCGAGAUCGAUCUGGAGACGCUGCGCACGUGGAUAAAAAUGGACGAGCUGGUGGAGCAGGAGCGCAUGAUCAUGGUGGCCAUUCAGUCGCGCGGCGGCAUCUUCCACUGCAUGAGCAACUACACCCUGCCCGUCCGCCCGCCGCACCCCGCCCCCGCCGCCGCCCCCCUGCCCCUGGAGCGGGGGGAGGGGCCGCGCGAGCGCAAGGCCUCCCGGGGCCACAAGAGUCCCGCCAAGGCCCUCAAGGCCGCCCCCUGAAGGCGGGCGACGGGCAGCGACAGUAUUGGGCCGUUUCCUCGUUCGUGUGGUGCUAAGCGGGUGUAUAAGUGUGUACCGUUUCAUCUUCGCUUUAUUUACUCGGGUUUGCUUGCUGUGCAAGUGAUGGUUGAGUUCUUUUUUAUUUCUGUGCCACCCACUGGCUAAACAUUUUGCUGCGGUGUAUGGGGGUAUUUUUUGACAUGAACUUUUUAUCUUCUCUUAUCGCUGUAUUACUGUACUGUAUCUGACCAUAAACGGGAAAAAAAUAAACGGG